UCCAAUCCUAUUAUAGGAGGAUCAUUAGGGAUACAGUUGGAAUUGGGUCUUUGUUACAAUCUUAGUUUGGACUUUUCAUGUUUGCCCACAAAACAGCUGAAAUAUAUUGAUGAUUCUUUGGCUAAAUUUCAGAAGAAAAGUUUUGAUUGUUUCCCUAUUCUUGCUACAGUUCUCAUUUUCCUUUUUCAAGGGUUUAAUGGGCAAGAGAAUAAGAAUUGCAAGGAGGAAUGCCAAGCGAUCCAUCUGAAAGUGGGGAAAAGGAAAUGUGUAGAACAGAAGCAACCAAAGAGCGAUGAGUGUGAAAAGAUCUUCUGUUCUUCUGAGUCACUUAUAAUCCAUCAAAAGAAUCACACAGAAGAAAGACCUUAUAAAUGCAUGGAGUGUGGAAAGGGUUUCACGAAGCGUAGCAAUCUUAAUAUCCACAAGAGGAUCCACACAGGAGAGAAACCAUAUAGAUGCAUUGAGUGUGGAAAGACCUUUACUUGCAGCAGUAGUCUUAAUGCCCACAAGAGGAGCCACACUGGAGAGAAGCCUUAUGUAUGUGUGGAAUGUGGAACGGCCUUCAGGUGGAAAUCUGGUCUUACCACCCAUAAAAGGAUCCACACAGGAGAGAAGCCGUAUCAAUGCAUGGAGUGUGGAAAGAGCUUUACUUGUAGCAAUCAUCUUAAUGCCCACAAG